AUGGAAGCUAAGAGAAAAGCAAGAAUUGCUUCAGUCUUCUUCGUGUUAAUUUCACUACCUUCAACUUGUGUUGCUUACAGGCCUGGAGAUAUUGUUCCCAUGAGCAAAAGGGGCCAAUACCACUCGUCAAGAACUGUGUGGCAUGACAUGAUCGGUAAACACUGUCCUAUUUUUGCCGUAAAUCGCGAGGUAUUGAUUCCUAUAGCAAAGCCAACUGGUUACACAGGCGCUGAUCCCUAUAAAAUAUCAUUUCAAGUUGGAAAAGAGAAGUUUUUGAUUCCAUGGCUUUUUGUUGUAAAUCGUAAAAGUUCUGAGGUUCCGAUGAUUGACGUGCAUUUAAGGUAUUCAGGGAGUGAUCUGCAUGGUGUUACGGCUAAAGUCAUAGAUAUGCCUCACCACUAUGUUGAAAUCCAUCCAGAUAUUCAUCAGCAAUUCUGGGAUGCCCAACUUUGGCCUAAACACGUUCUCGUAAGAUACACAUGGUUUGUAAGGGAGACUGUUGCUGAAAGCAGCAUUCCUGCGGGAGGAGUUGCAAAGAUUGAGAAGAUGGCUAAGGUAUCAAGGGCUACUAGCCAUGUGAUGGCCACUUAUAGGUAA